GUUCGCUUACUUGAGAUUUGACGAGCUUGUUUCAUAUAAUUUUCAUAAUUUUGAGAAUUCCGGCAUUUAAUUUCACUAUUUGUGAUAAAUUUAAAAUAAAUCAAACUUAUAGAGCUUGUAUACACUACGUUAUACCAUACCUGUCAUAUUAUAACGCCUAAGUGCAGCGAAUUCUAUCAUAAUGGGUCUGUUAUCAGACCCAGAGUAUCGGUCCGUGAAAUGGGUGCGGGUGUUGAAAAAGGUCCACAGGCCUGUGUGCUUCGUGCUGUACGUGGCGGCGCUGGCAUGGUUCGCGAUGCUGGGCAGCAAGGAGAUCAACCACGAGACGUAUUUCUCGGAGAACGCGCUGCUGCCGGGUCUGGUCACCACGGAGUUCAACGGCGAACACGCUGCUAAACAGUUCUUUGAGGAGCUCACCAACGAGAUUCAGUACAAAUUGGAGGAUGCGGAGCAGAUGCCAUUGGCGUGGCUAGUGGCCAAGAUGUCACAACUACACCUCGAGGUGUACACGCACAACUUCACGCUGGACUACCCGCUGGGCAAGGGGCAGGUGUACCACGGCACCAACGUGUACGGCAUCCUGCGCGCGCCGCGCACCGCGUCGCUCGAGGCGCUGGUGCUGACCGCGCCGCACCGCGCGCCCGGCACGCACCAGAAGGACACCGCGGCUGGCAUCGCACUCAUGCUGGCUUUUGCGCAGUUCGCAAGAUCACAAAAAUAUUGGGCCAAGGAUAUAAUCUUCCUAGUAACGGAGCACGAGCAGCUCGGCAUGCAGGCGUGGCUGGAGGCCUACCACGGCAUCCAGCACGACGCGGGCUCCUUCUACUCCGGCCUCGGCGGCUUCUGGGCGCCUGGUACCCCGGGCCGCGACCCCGAGCCCAGGCACAGGAAGUGCUUGAACCCCGGCACGCUCAAGGGAAGGUCGGGCGCCAUACAGGCGGCUAUCAAUCUGGAGAUUCAUUCACCAAAGAUAAAAUACAUCGAGGUGAAGGUGGAAGGCCUGAACGGGCAGCUGCCCAACCUGGACCUGUGUAACCUGGUGCACAAGCUGUGUCUCAAGUCCGGCGUGCACCACGCUUACAAGAGCAGCUACUCGUGGGUGCGCAGCCGGAGCGCGGUGGACGAGUGGCUCAGCGGAGUCUCCACGCUGCUGGGGCAGGUCGUCACUAUGAUCGCGGGGGUCCCGAACGGCAACCACGGGCUGUUCCACCGCUUCGGCAUCGAGGCCGUGACGCUGGAGGGCCGCGACGCCGCCGACCCCGCGGGCGCCGCGCCGCGCGUGCGCGCGCUCACGCCCGCCGGCUUCUACCGCCUCGGCACCACCCUCGAGAGCAUCCUGCGCUCGCUCAACAACCUGCUCGAGAAGUUCCACCAGAGCUACUUCUUCUACAUGCUGGCCGGGACUAACAGAUUCAUUUCCAUCGGCUAUUACAUGCCGUCCCUCUGUCUCCUGUGCGCCGCCAUGCUCGUCCGGGCGUUAUCCCUCUGGGUCACCACGCAGCAUGACACCGAAGACGACAAACACACCACAAUGCACACACACAAACACAAACGCAAGACAUCGGACACACCUCUACCCGACACGGUACCAGGGGAUAAUACCACUGAGGAGGUGUCUAAACGCUCCGAUACCAAUCUACGAGACACUCAUGUACCAGGCGAUGAUAAAACUGAGGAGAUAUCUGACCACACUCUUCGACACAGGAAGGUCGUAACUGAGAGCAAAGAAUCAAAGCCUAAAGAGAAGAAAGCAGAGAGUAAGAAGAAGGGUGGGGGAAAGAAAGGGAAGAAAGAAGAGUCUAGCAUGAGUAUUGUGAACAUCGGGGCGAAUUAUCUGCUGGUGCAUUUGUUGGGGUACGCUGUUAUGAACUCGCCUAUACUAUUGAGUCAGAUUGGCGCGGCGUACGACUACCCAUCCGAGAUAUCCGUGUACUACGGGCUCGUCGCUAUCUCCGUCCUGCUCACUCUGCUGGCGCCGCUGCUCCCGCGCCGGCUCGCGCGCGCCGAGCUCGAGCUCACCAACAUCCUCGUGCUGCUGGAGCUCGCCACCGUCUGUCUGUCCGUCGGCAUGCACAACUACCCGCUCGGCCUCGCUCUAGCCGCGAUAUACACGCCGGUGGCCUUGCUGGUGGGGGUGGCGCCUAGAGGGGGCGGCGAACAGAGCGCCACGUCGGUGUUGGUGAAGCGCUCGUUGUGCCUGCUGCUGCAGCCGCUCGCCGCCGUCUCCGUCGCCAUGAUGCUGUACAGCCGCACGCUCUUCCCGGAGGAGGGCUGGCCGGGCGCCGUGACGCGCGGGCGCGACGCGGCGCUGCAGGCCGUCAUGUUCGCGGUGGCCGACUCGCUGAUCUACGGCAACUGGCUGUUCAACGUGGCGUCGGUGACGCUGCUGCCCAUCUGGAUCAUCUUCUGGCAGAUCGCGUGCAGCAAGGCGGACGCGCCGGCGUAAACGACGCUCGCCGGCCUGGUGACGCGACUACUUGGUUUAUGACAUUGUGACACUAUUUAUAUACGUUGGUGUUUAACUGUGAGAUCAGGCAGGCAAGUAUGGUCGCGCGAUAAAUGAUAAAACAUCUGGCCGUCCCUAUCGCACUUACUAAUAGUGCGAUAGGGACGGCCUGAUAU